AUGGCCUGCAAAAAGCUGAGAAGAACCGGUUUAUCUCAGGAACUGUGUGACCAGCUCAAUCGCCGUCAGAUCGUUACCUGUCAGGAUUUUCUUUCUCUGUCCCCAAUGGAACUGAUGAAGAUUGACUGGGCAGUUCCCCAAGUCCGUGAGCUUCUCCACAUGGUCAGCAGGGCUUGUGCUCCCCAAAUGCAAACGGCUUAUGGAAUGAAGAUGGAGAGAACUUCUGAUCUUUUUCCAGCCUUCUUACCCACCACGCUUUCAAGUUUGGGUGAAGCCCUGCGUGGCAGGCUAGCCUGUGGGUCUCUCACAGCAGGUUGCGGCAAAACUCAGUUUUCGAUGAUGAUGAGUGCGUUAGCCACAUUACCGACCCACUUGGGAGGAUUAGAAGGCGCUGUUGUAUAUAUUGACACAGAGUCAGCUUUCAGUGCUGAAAGGCUGGUUGAGAUUGCAGAAUCCCGGUUCCCCAGGUAUUUCAACACUGAAGAAAAACUGCUUUCCAUGAGCAGUAAAAUCCCCCUCUUUCGGGAGCUCACCUGUGAUGAAGUGCUAAAAAGGCUUGAGUCUUUGGAAGAAGAAAUCAUCUGAGUUAAACUUGUGAUUAUCGAUUCCAUUGCUUCUGUGGUCAGAAAGGAGUUUGAUACACAGCUUCAAGGGAAUCUGAGAAAGAGGAGUAACUUUGUGGGGAGAGAAGCAUCAUUAUUGAAGUAUUUGGCUGAGGAAUUUUCAAUAACCCCCCACUCUUACACGAGGAACAUGAUUAAAAAGUGGCCUUACCACUCGAAAGAAGUUGAGGAACUUGGUAUACGCUUUUGGAUGUGUUUGGAAAAUUCAGUAGCAGAGGAAGGCAGGUUGCUGUCUCCUUACCGACACCGCUUUGGCUUAAGUCAUGCGUUACCAAAUCCCCAAAAUGAGAAAGUUCUGCCCCUGCAUGAUUCUUAUAGAAGUCAUUUACAUCAUGAAAGGAUCCCUGUUAUUUGCCAAGUGGCCCUGAGAAAGGAGCUGCAACUGCACCCAGAUUUUAUGGAUGGAAUCAGCAGUCUGCAGAUUGUUGGAAGCAGGCAAUCAGAGGAGCAGAGCCAGCUUAUAGAAGACCUCGAAACUCAUAUGCAAGAGCUCACAUUUAGUUGGAGGAAAAUGGAAAGCCACGAAAGGGCUCAGUGUAGCAAAGUGAUAUGA